GUUGCAAAACAAUCGGUGCUUUCAAAAAUGAAAGGACAUUCCUAAGGCAAAUUCAGUGAAUUAAGAUAUUCAUUCUAUUUUUCUGUAACUAAGUAAAAGGUCCAAAAUCAGUGCUACCACUAUAAUUAACAUUUUAAGAUGUUGCGAUUAUUUCAAUAUGAUUUUUUUUUGUCUGUUUCCAAAAGUGAACAAAUUGGAACAUUUUUCCAUGGAAAACAUUUGUUUCUGAAGGUUUAAUUGCCAAAGAAAUAGCCCCAAAUUGCAAGACUAUAUCAACCAAUUUCAGCGUGAUUCCAGAAAGUUUCCGUUGGUAUAUUGCUCAUGACAAAUCCGACAAAGCUGAAAAGAUCAUCAAAGAAAUAGCAGCAUAUAACAAACGUGAGCUAACUGAUAUUGCACACCAUCAGGAAAAGCCGAAAGAUACAAAGGAUAGAAAAUACACAUUUGUUGACUUGUUCAAAUCACGGAAGCUGAUUAUAAUCACCCUGCUAUCCGCUUUAAACUGGACAGGUCUAGGCCUUGUGUCAUAUGGCAUUGGUUUUGGUGUGCAAGCACUGUCUGGAAACCUUUUUUUUGAACUUCUUUCUCUAUUCUCUAGUCGGCAUUCCGUCGAAAGCAAUCGCUCUUUGGCUACAAAAUAGACGCACCAAACAAGGAUGCAUUAACAGAUGCGUUUGCCCUCUUAGCAAUUAUUGGUAUUAGUACAGCCUGGGGACCAGUACAGACAAUGACAAUUGAGGUUUAUCCGACGGUUGUCAGGACAAUCAGUUUUGGCAGUUUAAGUGUGAUGGCGAGAAUCGGUGCAAUGAUCGGGCCUCAGUUAGUCUAUAUGAAUAUGUACGUAGCUGGGAUACUGUAUUAUGUUUGUGGUGCUGUGGCUGUACUGUGUAUAACUGGAUGCCUAGGACUGCCAGAAACCAUGAAUUCAAUUCUAAAUGAUAAAAUAACAGAGGAAAACGAAAACCUUUCUUCUGAGGUUAACCAUAAAAAUGUUGCUGUGUAAUACAACACGCAUUAGCCUUUAUUUGCUUUAAAGUACUUUCAUUUAGGCAGGGAUACUUUGCAUUGUAUUUUUGUAACAGUUUUAUGAAGUUUCAUAUUUUCUUUCUCUGUACUGUAGCACAGAUUUUGAGAAAAAUGUAAUUAUAAUUGUUUGCACAACUUAUCAAUUACCUGUAUUGUGAUGAUUUUCGAAGUAGAUCAUAUAUAUCAUUCAAUGUUAAUUGAAACUAUAAUUAUAUACAAUAAUGGGAAUAUAUUCUCUAAUUAUGUAACGUUGUUUUUGAAAUAUAAGUAGUUUUAAGAGUAAUCUUCAAGGUACAAUAUGUAAAUACGUUUAAUUUUAAUUGGAUAGAGUUGAGUAAGAUACAAAUGUAGUGAUUACUUCAUAAAUACAGGAUAUUACAUGAGCGCAUUU